UGCUUAUUACAAUUUUGUAAGUGCUAGAGAGUUAUUCAGUUAUUUCCAUAAAAUCAUUAUAUAAUCAAACAUUUGAUUAACAUUUAAGACCAAAAGGAUAAAAGAGUUUAAAAUGUUUUCGCUACUAGAAGUUGCCAAGAAUUCACCAUUCCGUACUCCAUUUACUAAAGUUCAUUGUGACGUACCAACACCUGGCGUUGAUGGACCGGUGCCUGGUCGUCACAUUCAAGCCGCCGCUGCUGCCACUGAAUCUUGUGAAUUCGGCAGUGCCAAAUAUUUCGCUUUAUGUAGUAUUGGUGGCAUUUUGUCGUGUGGUACCACGCAUACAUUUGUAGUGCCCUUGGAUUUGGUUAAAUGUCGUCUGCAAGUCGAUCAAGCAAAAUACAAAAACUUGUUUACUGGCUUUAAAGUUACUGUAGCUGAGGAAGGUUUUAAGGGUCUGGCUAAGGGCUGGGCUCCGACACUGUUCGGUUAUUCUGCGCAGGGAGCCUUUAAGUUUGGUUUAUAUGAACUGUUUAAAGUAUAUUAUUCUAAAGCCUUGGGCGAGGAGAAUGCGUAUUUGUAUCGUACGUCAUUAUAUUUAGCUGCCUCGGCUUCAGCUGAAUUUUUCGCUGACAUAGCUUUAGCUCCGUUUGAGGCUACCAAGGUUAAAAUUCAGACUACACCUGGAUUUGCUAACACCAUGAGAGAGGGUAUGCCAAAGAUUAUGAAUGAAGAAGGAAUCAAUGGUUUUUACAAAGGUUUAGUGCCUUUAUGGAUGCGACAAAUUCCAUACACGAUGAUGAAAUUUGCCUGUUUCGAAAGAACCCUUGAACUUUUAUAUAAAUAUGUUGUACCCAAGCCAAGAGCAGAAUGCUCGAAGGGUGAACAACUGGUGGUAACAUUCGCAGCCGGCUAUAUUGCAGGCGUGUUCUGCGCGAUUGUUUCUCAUCCAGCCGAUGUUGUUGUGUCGAAAUUGAAUCAAGCUAAGGGAUCGUCAGCCUUAGAUGUGACUAGAUCCUUGGGUUUUAUGGGUAUGUGGCAAGGCUUAACGCCACGUAUAGUUAUGAUUGGUACUCUUACUGCUUUGCAAUGGUUUAUCUAUGAUGGCGUCAAAGUAGCUUUGGCUAUACCACGUCCUCCUCCACCCGAGAUGCCCGCCUCUCUUAAGGAAAAAUUAGCCAAGUAAAAGUUCUGUUAGUUUAUUUCAAGUAUAAAAUUGAAAAGCGCAGUGCAUCUAAAGAUGCAUUCGUUUCGAUACGUAAACGCCUAAGGGACGUGAAGCAAAAACUAAAAAAAAGAAAAGAGUUAAAUUAUUAUAAGCCAGUCACUAUGAAAAGUUAGUUAAAUUAUUUCUGCAAACAGCGCUCAUCCAAACCAGUGUUUUUAAACAAGUUUCUUUGAAAAAAAAAA